AUGAAAGGAAUAAUUUGCCAACAGCAAAAAAGACGAAGCUGCGUGAUGGAGUGCUGGGUUUUGAAUGAGAGUCUCUCUGUCAUAUUAGUCCUCUCUUGGUUGGGAGUUAACUUAUAUCUGUUUUUCGACACAUUCCAUUGGUAUGAAGAGGAAGAGUCUUUCUUUUACACACGAGUUAUUCUGGGGUCGACACUGGCGUGGGCAAGAGCAUCUGCAGUCUGCCUGAAUUUUAACUGCAUGCUAAUUCUAUUACCCGUCAGUCGGAACCUUAUUUCAUUCAUAAGAGGAGCAAGUACUUGCUGCCGAGGAACGUGGAGAAGGCAAUUAGACAAAAACCUCAAAUUCCACAAACUGGUGGCCUAUGGGAUAGCCGUUAAUGCAACCAUCCACAUCGUGGCACAUGCUUGCAACCUGGAGCGCUACCACCGGGGUCACUCAGCGGAGGCGGGGGGACUUCUGGCUGCACUUUCCAAACUGGGCGGCACUUGCAACGAGAGCUACCUGAACCCCAUCCGGACCUUCCGCACGAACACCACCUCCGAGUUGCUAAUGACGAUCACAGGCAUUUCUGGCCUGAUGAUCUCCCUGGCUUUCAUCUUGAUCAUGACCUCUUCCACCGAGUUCAUCAGACAGACCUCCUACGAGUUGUUCUGGUGCACACACCACCUCUUCAUCAUCUUCUUCAUCAGCCUGGCUAUCCACGGGGCAGGUCGGAUUGUUCGAGGCCAAACUCCUGAGAGCCUCUUGCGACACAACGUCACCUUCUGUAGAGACCACUACGCUGAAUGGCAGGCGGCUGCCCCGUGCCCCGUGCCUCAAUUUUCUGGCAAGGAGCCUUCGGCUUGGAAAUGGGUUUUAGGCCCUGUGGUCCUGUAUGCAUGUGAAAGACUAAUUAGGUUCUGGCGAUUUCACCAAGAAGUUGUCAUUACAAAGGUGGUAAGCCAUCCGUCUGGGGUUCUGGAACUUCACAUGAAAAAGCGUCACUUCCACAUGGCACCCGGGCAGUACGUCUUGAUACAGUGCCCGUCCAUAUCCUGGCUGGAGUGGCACCCCUUCACCCUCACCUCCGCGCCCCAGGAGGACUUCUUCAGUGUGCACAUCCGGGCAGCGGGAGACUGGACCGCAGCUCUGUGUCGGGCCUUUGGAGCUGAGGGCCAGGCCCCGAAGGAGCCCUGGAACCUGCCAAGGCUGGCCGUGGACGGGCCCUUCGGGGCCGCGCUGACCGACGUGUUCCGCUACCCGGUGAGCGUGUGCGUGGCGGCGGGGAUCGGGGUCACCCCCUUCGCCGCUGUCCUGAAGUCUCUGUGGUACAGAUGCUGUGAGCCGCAACCGCCGCUGCCGCUGAGCAAGGUGUAUUUCUAUUGGAUUUGCCGGGAUUCCAGAGCUUUUGAGUGGUUUGCUGAUCUCUUACUCUCGCUGGAAACACGCAUGAGCGAGCAAGGGAAAACUCACCUUCUGAGUUAUCACAUAUUUCUUACAGGCUGGGAUGAAAACCAGGUUAUUCACAUUGCUUUACACUGGGAUGAAAAUACUGACGUGAUUACAGGACUAAAGCAGAAAACCUUCUAUGGAAGACCUAACUGGAAUAACGAAUUCAGGCAGAUAGCCUACAAUCACCCCAGCAGCAGCAUUGGCGUGUUCUUGUGUGGGCCCAAAGCUCUCUCACAGACCCUUCAGAGGAUGUGCCGCCUAUAUUCGUCAGCAGACCCCAGAGGGGUCCAUUUUUAUUACAACAAAGAAAGCUUCUAG